AUGAAAGACCGCUCCUCUGGACAGCAGCAGCAGCAACAGGCGCAACAGCAGCAGCAGCAGCAGCAGCAGCAGCAGAUAGAAAGCUCUGUUGGGGGGCUCAAGUCGUUAACGUCGGCUUGCGUGACCACGCCUGCUGGAAAGGAGUAUGACAUUGUUGCAGUUAGUUUCUGGCUGGCUGCGUUGCAGGAGGGGUGCUCGUUAGUGAAGCUGUCUAAAGCGGGGAUGGGGAGAGGCCAGCCGAGGAGCUUUGUGGUGGUGGUGGAGAAUGGAGGAUCGUUGUCACUGAAAUGGGAAAAGCAAGGACUUAUGGGAAAAGUGGCAAGAUCAGCCCAGUUACUUUCCACCGAACCCACCAACGCAGCUUCCUGGGAGUUUCUCAUGGAGACCUCUGCAGGGGCCAUAGUGGCGAGAGCACCUUCAGAGGAAUGGUUUCAGAUCUGGACGGAAGGCAUGGUGUCUGUGUUUGAGUAUGCACGCUCCAUGAGGGGGUAUGGGAGCAGCAGAGAACGGAAAUAG